AGCCGGUGGCCGGAGGCAGAGCUUGCAGGCAGCAUGGCGGGGCUGCGCAUCAGGCGGGGCUCCGGGCUCAGGCUACUGGCUCUGUCCGCGCUUGGAUUCUGCCUGAUGCUGCAAGUCAGUGCCAAGAGGCCCCCCAAAACGCCCCCCUGUCCACCCAGCUGCUCUUGCACCAGGGACACGGCCUUCUGCGUGGACUCUAAGGCAGUGCCCAGGAACCUGCCGGCCGAGGUCAUCUCUCUGACGCUGGUGAACGCUGCCUUCUCGGAGAUCCAGGACGGAGCAUUUUCCCACCUGCCGCUGCUGCAGUUCCUGUUACUCAAUUCCAACAAGUUUACGCUGAUCGGAGACAACGCCUUCACAGGACUGUCGCACCUGCAGUACCUCUUCAUUGAGAACAACGACAUCUGGGCACUAUCCAAGUUUACUUUCCGAGGACUCAAGUCUUUAACACACCUCUCACUGGCCAACAAUAACCUGCAGACACUGCCUAGAGACAUCUUCCGGCCCCUGGACAUCCUGAGUGACUUGGACCUGCGGGGCAACUCGCUCAACUGCGAUUGCAAGGUGAAGUGGCUGGUGGAGUGGCUGGCACACACCAACACCACGGUGGCCCCCAUCUAUUGCGCCAGCCCGCCCCGCUUCCAAGAGCACAAAGUGCAGGAUUUGCCACUGCGGGAGUUCGACUGCAUCACCACAGAUUUCGUGCUGUACCAGACCCUGUCCUUCCCAGCGGUGUCAGCUGAGCCCUUCUUUUACUCCAGCGACCUCUACGUGGCUCUGGCCCAGCCAGGUGCCAGCGCUUGCACUGUCCUCAAGUGGGACUAUGUUGAACGGCAGCUUCGAGAUUAUGAUAGAAUCCCAGCCCCCUCGGCCGUGCACUGCAAGCCCAUGGUGGUGGACAGCCAGCUGUACGUGGUGGUGGCCCAGCUGUUUGGUGGUUCUUACAUUUACCACUGGGACCCCAACACCACACGCUUCACCAAGCUGCAGGACAUCGACCCGCAGCGUGUGCGCAAGCCCAACGACCUGGAGGCCUUCCGCAUCGACGGUGACUGGUACUUUGCCGUGGCUGACAGCUCCAAGGCAGGUGCCACCAGCCUCUACCGCUGGCACCAGAAUGGCUUCUACUCCCACCAGGCCCUGCACCCCUGGCACCGUGAUACCGACCUGGAGUUUGUGGAUGGCGAGGGCAAGCCUCGGCUGAUCGUGUCCAGUAGCUCCCAGGCACCGGUCAUCUAUCAGUGGAGUCGCACCCAGAAGCAGUUUGUGGCCCAGGGUGAGGUGACGCAGGUGCCUGAUGCCCAGGCUGUGAAACACUUCCGCGCCGGGCGGGACAGCUACCUGUGCCUCAGCCGCUACAUAGGGGACUCCAAGGUCCUGCGCUGGGAGGGCACCCGCUUCUCAGAGGUGCAGGCCCUGCCCUCCCGCGGCUCCAUGGCCCUGCAGCCCUUCCUUGUGGGUGGCCGCCGCUACCUGGCACUGGGCAGCGACUUCUCCUUCACCCAAAUUUACCAGUGGGAUGAGGGGCGGCAGAAGUUUGUACGGUUCCAGGAGCUGGCUGUGCAGGCCCCUCGGGCCUUCUGCUACAUGCUUGCUGGGGACGCCCAGCUGCUCCUGGCCCCCAGCUUCAAGGGACAGACGCUUGUGUACCGACACGUAGUGGUGGAUCUUAGUGCCUAGCGGGGUGUCGAGGCUCUGGAUUGGAGGAGGGGGAGCCUCUGUAUGAGCAGCGUGGGUGCCUGUCUGUGUGAAGGCACAUGUAGCUAACCUCAUGCACACACACUCCUGGUGAGCAUGGGCACCACAUGGACUGGCCCCGGGAGCCGAUCAUCAUCGUAAUUAGCAUGAGGACUUGUGUAUGCACCUGGCAAGCCAGUUACUGGGACCCUCCCAUCUAUGGACGCCUGUGGAUCCCACACCCCAUCUGCAGGCCCCCCUGGAUCUGCUGCCUUCCACAAGCUCUGGCCUGGGGAGGGGAGGGGAGGAGUGCUGGGAGGGAAGGUCUUGGGCUGAUCCUUCUGACCCUCUGGUCUCUCCUGUUGGUGCUCCAGGGGUCUGUUCAACCUGCUCAUGUCCCACAUUGCAGCCACACGACAUCCUUCCUACGGCGGGUACACUCACCCACCCUCCCCUCCUCCUGCAUGCACAUGUGGGAUCUGGCCCACGCCCUCAGCCACACGCACACACACACCUGUCCACAUCCGUUUCCCUGUGCACACAUGCAGAUCCGGCCCUGCCAAAAGGAAGCCGGCUCGCCUCCAUUACCUGCCUGUCUUCUUGGAGAGGGCACACGACCGUCCUCCUCUGCUCACCCCUGGUGUGCCCACCCUGCGGCUGAUAAGGAUGGGAAUGGUGGCAAAGCCCCUUUGCCCAAAGCAAUAACAACAACAACCCUAGCAAACCCAGACGUCUUCCCUCCCAGUGCUGGCUCUUUUCUCGCUGGAGCGUUCUUCUCUGACCCUGUCACCAUGGCGGGCAGACUACCCAGACAAAAGCCUUCCUGCUUUCCUUCCUGUAGCUGCCCCACCUCAGACACCCACCCUGCCCCCAGGCUCAGCCCCUCCUUUGCGAUGUGGAUGGACACUGAACUGUGCUGGAUCCUUUGUCCAGGACCCAGAGCUGGCCAGGUCAGGGACCCUGCAAGCACUUGAGUCAUCUGGGCAGGUUCCAGGAGUAGAGCCUGGCUGGAGAGCAUCUUGGGGGCUCUGGCACCCCUCCAGGCCACAGAGGCACACCCCAGGGGCACUGCCUUUCAGGGCACACUGGGUGGUAGAGGUUUGAGGGCCUGCCCUGUGGAGUGGCACCUGGGAGCCAAGCUUCUGCUGCCCCCUGCUGUGUGCUGGGGAUAUAGCUGCGAGGUAGUGUGCUGGGGAUAGCGGGUAGGAGGCAGGAGGUGGUGGAGCAGGCACGGGGAGGGGCUUCUGGUGGCAGGAUGCCGGGGCUGGGGGGUAUUGGGGCAAUGCUAUAAUUCACUUGCUUCAAAUAAAAAGUUCCCACCCCAUU